AAUCUUCACAACAAAAAAUUCUUUUAAACAUGUGUGUAUAUCGCCAUCAGGGACAUUUAUUUAAUACAUAAUAUAGAAAAAUAACCACUACAAGCAUAAUGUAAAUGAACAAAAUAAAAAGAAAAACUAAAAUAAAUAAGCGAAUAUAGUGUAAAAGAAGAGAGAAAAAAAAUAAGCCGUUAUAUUAUAUUAAACCGUUGCUUUUCUAUAACGUUUUAUAAUAUUUUUACAUUUCCUUUUUGUUCUACAUUCAUGACAAGAAAUAUAUGAUCAAGUGGGCCACAUGUAUAAUGGACACAUAAGAAAUAAUAGCCAGUACAUCAUAAGGCGUUGAACUAAUCAAAACUAUAUAGAAAAGCAUACAAACGGCAAGAAAACAAGAAAAAAGCGCGCAAUGUUAAUUUAAGAAGCAAUUUUGAUGUCUUCUAUAUUAAUAAGGAGAAAAAAAUAUCCCCAUAAAAAAAAGUACUUACAAAAACAAAAAUUAAAAAAAUUCAAUGCAGAAAUAGAAGAAAAUUAUAAAAGUGUACACGGCUCUAUUCUCAUUUAUGUGUAAAAGAGAAAAUUUCUUUAACUAAAUGACCUGUGGUAUUGCAAUUAAUGUUGCUGUUUUCGUUUCACCAAUUAUUAUUUAAAUAAACUACUGUUGUAAACACAAUUAUCAAUGCACUACAAUUAUUAUUAUCGUUACAUUCAAUGAUUAAAUGAAAACAAAAAAAAAAAAAGAAAUAUGUUUGAAUAAAAAAGUAAACAGUACUGCUGCAUUCUAUAACGUUUCACAGACACAUGUGCAACUUAUGUAUUCAUUAACAUCUACGUCCAAUGUAAAGGUGCACACAUCUAGACUUCUUUGUACGUCGUAUAACACAUAAAAUGCACUAGUUUCUAUAAAAUAAAAAAAAAAAAAAUAGAACGAAAAAAAAACAACAUUUAGGAUACAAAGUAUACUUUGUAAUAUCGUCAAUUUUAAAUUGUAGUACACUUUGUAGCAUCAUCAAACAGACAAAUGUUACAAAAAUAUUUAUGCAAAUUUCUACAUAUGGCAAACCUUUCUUUAAAUAUAAUAACUCGAUGUAUAAAAUUAUUGUGGCUAGAUGUAGCCGGUUAAAAAUAAAAACUAUAGAGGAUUUAAUAGCCGGCAGGUGUUUUAAAUUUAAACACAAAUUGUUUCAUCAUCGAAAAUCAUCUUAGCACAGAAAGGCAUACAGAAAUUUUUAAAACAACAUACUUUUUAAGGAUUUAAGAAGAAAAAAAAUAAUAAAAAAUAAACAACAAAAUUUUCCAAAUACCCUAACAUAUCAUGAAAAAAUCACCUCUUCCAUCAACGAUUUCAUUAAAACAUUACGGCGAUUAUCAAAAUAUGUCACCAUCAUCAGCAACCAGAACCAGAAAUGCUGCCAAUAAUAAUAUAAAUAAUAACAUCAAUAAUAACCAAUACUUUGACAAUCAAAAUGUAAGUUUAUUUGGUGAUCCAGUUCAAUACCCACCACAGGAAGAAUUUCUUGAAAAUUUAGAUCGAAAUUUAUAUCGAGGUUUUCGUUCUAAUUCAAAUGCAGCCAGUUUACUUGAAGAUUUUCCGAAAUCUAAUAUUUAUGGUGAAAUGAAACAUGAUGAAGAAACAGGGAUUCGUGCAAUUUCGGGAAAUAUUAGAGGUAAAACAUUCGAUCCGGGUGUUAUUCAUCAAACUAAUCCUGGUAGUUUAUUUCGAAAUACUGGUCCUGAUAUACAAAUUUUACCAGAAAGUGAUUCUAGUUCUGACAAUAGAACAAGCCCUCGUUAUACUAAUUUAGAGAAUUAUGAACAAAGACUGUCAAGUAAUCCUAGUGAUAUUGUUGAUUUUGUAGAUUCAAGUUAUUUAGAUGUAAAUAGAAAUACCGAUGAUAAAGCAAGAAGACUGUCUGAAUUUUCAGAAGAUUUUCAUGAUAGUUUUGAAAACUUUAAAGAUACUAGAGAAAUGAUAGUUGAACCACCAAGAAUAUUUUCAGCUGAUCAAAUUUCGGUUAAUAAGAAUUUACGACAAUAUUCUAAUGAAUCCUUAUCUAGCAACGAUUGGUUUAAACCGGAUUACCAAGAAUUUACAAAAAUUCCAAAAUUAAGACCGAGUUCGAAGAAUGUAAUUUCAAUUAAUCGACAACAAAUUCGUCAUGAAUCACCUGUCGCCACAUUAUUUAAUGAUUCUGGAGGAUCCUGUAGUGAUGGUGAAAAACCUGUCGAUGUACGAUCUAGUUACAUAGAGCCAUUGCCAAAUAUACGAAUUCAACCGGAGUACACACCAACUCAGAUACCAGUUCCGACACCAACGCCAAACAAAAUAACAACAGAUGUGCCACUGGAGUCCUCAAAAUAUGAUAUUUCUAAACCCGCUUUACCUGAUUCUUUACAUAAGCCUCUAAAUAUCACCGAGCCUAUUCCGAAAGGGCUCCCACCGACAGGUAUAACCUCUCUUGGUAAAAGGGAAAUUUCUCCUGUGAUAAUGACCAACGCAAUUUGUACUGGUGCUGAUUUUAGGAUUAAUGCUCCCCGAUCACACAAGAAGCCAUCAUUCACCAUUAUUAAAGACAAACCAGAGCCCGCUUCAAAAAUUCCGAGUCCAAAGCGUCAUACUUCUCAGAAAAUAACAACAAAGGAUGAUAGAGCAGCUUUAUCUGCACUUGGCCAAAAUUUAUCACAACGAUCUAUGUCAUCCCAUCAACUAAGACUGCCUCAAAUAACUGGCGUCUAUAAUCAACAACAAGUAGUAGAGUCACCAAGGCCAUCUGUGCAAUUCAACAUGUCUUCCGGUAUAAAUUUUUCGAAAUCAUUUCAUCCGUUCAACGGAGCACCCAAAGGUAUAUUGCAACAAAAACAGCCUGGAAUGCCCUUUUCAGGAAUGCCAUCUACUGCAACUCAAAACAACCGAGUAAGAAGUUUUGAAGCACUCCCAACGAAGUUACCUCCACUACCUAAUUUUAUACCAAGAACCCCUUCGAAGCGCUUUAACAAAACAGAGGAUAAUUUCUAUGAAAAUCGUAGCAUAAGUGCCGCUGGUUAUAAUCGCCCAUUCUAUGCCAUUCAAAAUCCAACAAGUAGAGAACGAGGCUUAUUGCGGAUAAUAAACAGUGCGGGGAAUUCUCCAUCUCGAAUUCCUAAGGUAAAUUCGAAUUGGGUUCCUAGAAGCAUGAUUAAUUUAUCUGAGAGACGUGGCAAGUCCAUAUCUCCACAAAGAAGAGCUUCUAUAUCCCCACCAAAUAAAAAGACAAAAAGAAGAGGCAGAUCUGUAUCUCCAACAUUCUUUGAUCGAAGGAGCUCUAGUCAGACGGAACCUCGAAGUUCUAUAAGUUCAGACCGAAGAAGUUCAAAUUUAACUUCGGUAACUACUUCAGAUUUCAGUUAUAGACGAAAUCCUACAUCACCCAUGAGAAAUUUUACAGCUAAGCGAACGUCUUCAUAUGGAACAAUAAAUAAUAAAAUGGGUCGUAGAAAAUCAAUUUUUCAAAGUCAACCAAAUCUACUGAGACCUCGCUCAGAUUCAAUUGUUAACCGAACAAAUAGAAUGUCGAAGUCCCAGAGGAAGGUGGCCAAACCCACAUCUUUAUCACCCAUUAUUGGUACUCCUAAUAAGGAUGAUCCAUUGAGUCCGGAAGAAAUAGAGAGUUCAGAGAGAUUCAUUGCAAGUGGUUUAAAUUUUCGAGACACAAAGAUGGAUCCUUUAACAAGAAUACCAAUUCGUAACGGAUCCGAUGUAAUAACCAGGUCUGAAUCUAGAAUUCACAUGCGGGCCCAAUCGCAACCCGGCUCUAGAUCAAAUUCUAGAGGUCCUUCAUUAUCAAACUCUAGAUCGGGUUCGCCAAUGAAGGAGUUCGCUCCUACAUCCAGACCUAAUUCUAGAGCUGCUUCAUUGUCACCAUCAAAACAUACUUCAAAAUCUAAUUCUAGGGGCGGUUCACAACCUUCUUCAAAACCUCAGUCACGAAGCAAUUCCCGACCAACUUCUAGACAACCAUCCAGAGCAACUUCGAGAACUGGAUCAAGGGCUAGUAGUACUCAUAAAGAAACUUCCAUACCGAGCAACCGCUCUAGAUCGAAUUCCAGAAUAAGUUUAAGUCCUCCUAAAAAUCGUAAAAGUAGCCCACCAAAACAAAAUUCAAGCAAAAAAAACGCAAAUUCAAAAACUAAAAGUCGAAGUCCUAGUCCACAAAAGACCAGACGGAAAUCUAUUAGUCCACCUAAACCGACAACUAGAAGUAGAAGUCGAGGUCGAACAAAAUCUCCUGACAAGCGAAGUCAAAGUACGAAAUCGAAAACUACAACAUCAACAAGUAGAUCCAGAUCUCCCAAAAAAUCCGUACGCCGAGAAUCGCCAAAAAGGUCAAGUAUUCGCAAAAAUGAUAAUAAAAGUGCCAAAAAUUCAGUGAAUAGUAAAAAUUCUGAUAUUAGUUCAAAAAGAGGAUCCUCAAUCAAAAGAAAAGAGGGUGAGCCAACACUAAAGCGUGAAGCCAGUAGCUUAAAGCGUGGAACUUCCAAUUUAAAACGAGAAACAUCUAACAUUAAGAAAGAAACAACAACAAGUAUAAAAAGAGAAACAUCUAAUUUGAAAAGAGAAACCUCAAAUUUAAAACGGGAACCUUCACGAAUGAGUUUAAAAAAAGGGCCGCCAAGUAAUACCCAAAAGGAUUUAAUGAAGAAAAAUCCACCAAGCAAUAUUAAAAAAGAACCAUCAAAUCCAAAAAUUGAAGCAACUUCUGGGAAAAUGAAAAGGGAGCCUUCAAAUCUUCUUAAAAAACGUACUGAUAGUAAUUUAAGUAGCAAGUUAGAAAAAAACACCAGUUCUAAAAAUGAAAAAACAGAAAUAACUAAGGUAGAUACAGUAAAUAGUUCAGAUAGUACGAAAUCUAAUGAUGGAACGACUAUGGAUACUGAUGGUAAGCUGAUCCCACUGACAAAAGCAAAUGUUGUUUCAAUGACUACUGCAGCUAUUGCAGCUCAGCCGGUACAAAUUACAACUGCCGUGACAAAUCACGCUCUUUUAAACAAAAUAAAUAGCAGUGGUCAACUUGUGAGCUCAGAAACAAAAAUUGAUGAUGUUCCUCUGGCAAUUUUAGAAAAGUCAACAAAAACCCUGGAAAAUAUACAAAAAACUGUUGCUGAAGCAACAGAUGAAAUUCAAAAAACAAUCCAUGAAAACCUGACAGAUCUUAAAAGCUUGGAAAAUGAUAUGAGUAAGGUCGGAGUAACAGAUGCAAAAUUCGCAACGUCAUCUGGAACAGAGGCUCCUUUUGAUAAAUCUGAUAGUCUGAAAACUGUGAUAGAAAAUCCAACAUUAUCAAAAAAUGGAAAUGCAACCAAUAGUCACAGUAACGUGUCUCCUGCACCGCCUACACAACCAAUUGAACCGAAUGUAUCCGUUAUCGUUAAGGGAAAAUCUGCAGAAAAUACAUUACAUCCGAGUAAAGCUGGUGAUGUGAACGGAGGAUCAAAUGGUCACCAAAGUGGAAGUGGAAAGCACAAGGAUGAUGAAAGGGUUAGUGUUCGUGCAAUUUCAGUGUUACCAGAUGUAGAAUGUGAAAGUGCCAAUUUGCAGAAUUCUUCUGACAUUCAACAGGUACUAGACGAAUCAGGAACAAUUCAAACAUUGGAGGAAGGAAGUCAAGGUUUAACAAACAAGGGGAAAAAAGGUGCGAAAAGUUCAGAUAUGAGUGCUAUUCACACUGAGAGAAGUGGCGGCGGAGGAAAUGGUGAAUCUGACAAAAAUGAAAAAGAUAACAAUAACAAGGGCCCGCAAGGAAGUCAAGAACUUCUUACUGGCUCAGACGAAGAAACAACUGGUUGCUGUGGAAAAUCAAAAUGUUGUCGAUGUUGUACACGUUUAUGUAUGCCAUGCCGUCGCUGUAGAUGUAAUACAUCAAAAUGUUGUAAAAAGAAACAUGAUACAACAUCGGAAAAGGCAGCUGUCAUCGUUAAAGAGGUUAAUGAAAAAACACAAAAACAAAGUUGUUGGAAACGUAUGAAAUGUUGUAAUAGAAAAAAAUCUCAACCACCAAUCAAAGCUGGACGUAUGGAAACAAUAGCCGAAGAAUCAGAAGUUCAAUCAAAACAUAUAAGAAGAGAUAUGACAGAACCAAAAAAUGGUAAAUGUACAAUGUGUUUACGUAAAAUGUUCUGUUGUCGACCAGCAAAUAAAAUCGAAACAACAACAGAUGGUACAGAAAUGGAAACCGUUAAAUGUUGUUGUUGUAUACCAUGUAAGAAAAAGGUUAAAAAGCCGGGAGUACCAGCUUGGCAAGCACCUCCAAGAGCAUCACAAAGAAGAGAAAGUAUAUUAAGUGAACCACAUGGACCACCACAAACGCGCUGUCAAAGAAUAAUGAAUAAAUUAAAAUUUUGGAAGAAAAAGGAACCGGUACGAAAAGCUAGCAUUACAAGUCGAAAACAAAGUCUGGUACCAACAAAUCCUCCAGAGGAUACAAGACCGAAACUUCAUAAUGAUUUAGUUGAAUACAGUUCAAAAAUGAAAGGUGCAAUUCCAGUUUUACCAAUUUAUUUAGCAUAUUUUUGUACAGGAUGCAAUAUCAUUAUUCCUGGCUUAGGUACAAUACUGUCGGGAUUCUUUUGCCUUUGUUUUGGAAUACCACGCUUCUCACAGUACGAUAGUGCAAAAGCACGUAUUGGAUCAUUUGUUAUUAACUGUUUUGUUGGUGUGGCACAAUUCUUUUGCGUCCUAUUUUGUUUUGUUGGAUGGGGUUGGUCCAUAUGGUGGGGUACAAUUAUGAUGAAAACCGCAAAAAAACUUCAAAAAAUAAGAAAAGUUGAAAAAUUAGAACUUGAAGAGGAACAACGACAAGCAGCAGCCGCAGCUGCAGCAGCUGCAGAAGCAGUUCAAACAGCCAAUACAACAAAAGUUGGUGCUACUACAGCUCCUGGAAAUACAGAUAAAGAUGUUGAAGCUGGUAAAUCUUAAAAUGUCUAAUAGCAAUUUGAAAUGACAAUUAUAUUAUUACGAUGAUGAAAAAGAAACUUGCAUCAUAAAAGACACAUAUUGAACAAAAUUUGAGCGAGUACACGGUAAUAUCGCUGCGAUUAAAAUACAGCAAGGAAAAUUUGACUACAAUAUGGAAAAAAAUUAAUUAAUUUUUUAAAUUUUGGAAAAAAAUGUUCUUCCAUUUGAACUUCCGCAGUCUUAACAGUUACAUAUACAUAUAACUUCCAUUAUAAUAAAAAUUAAUUUGCUUCCGUUAAUUAAAUAUUAAAUUUUGUUAUUAAAGAAACACUGGUGAACAGAAACAAUGAAACUAAAAUAAAACCGACUGUACAAUUCAUUUUAAUAGUUAAUUGGUCCGUCCAAAUAAUAAAUGUAGUGCCUUAACUUUACAACAUUUGAUAGUUAAUGGAAAAACUCAAAAUAAUUAAUGUUCACAAUUCAUAUUAUAUACGUAUUAUUUACAAUAUAACCAGUGCUUCUCAACAUUAAAAAUGAAUCUUCCAAUGAGAUUUCGAGAACAAAAA